AGGAGUAGAAAGGGGAGGCGCCUCUAACCAUCCAUUGCGCGCGCCAGCGGCUCUGCUUAGCGAGUAUCGGAGCGGCCUAGUCGUGGCUUGUUGCUCCGCGCUCAAUUUUUAAUUUUUUCGUUUCGCCCUCGGGUCGGGCCUGCCUUCGUUUCAAUCCAUCCGCCGCCAUGAAGCUUGUGAGGUUUCUCAUGAAACUUAGCCAUGAGACCGUGACCAUCGAACUGAAGAAUGGAACUCAAGUACAUGGGACAAUCACAGGUGUGGAUGUCAGUAUGAACACCCAUCUUAAAGCUGUGAAGAUGACUCUGAAGAACAGAGAACCUGUCCAGCUGGAGACUUUGAGUAUUCGAGGGAAUAAUAUUAGAUACUUCAUUUUGCCAGACAGUUUGCCUCUGGAUACUUUACUGGUGGAUGUUGAACCAAAAGUCAAAUCCAAGAAAAGGGAAGCAGUUGCAGGAAGAGGCCGAGGAAGAGGUCGUGGUCGAGGAAGAGGUCGUGGCCGAGGAAGAGGAGGUCCUAGGCGAUAAUUGCCUUUCAGCCAGUCUUUCAUGCCACACAGUCUCCUCAUUUCCUUUCAUAAAUCACAAUUUUUUUCAUGCAACAAAACUUGAGUUUUUUCUUUUGUACAGGUUUUAUUCCGUGUCAGUUUUUAAUAAACAAGCGUGGAAAACUUC